GUCGUUGAAGCAUGAAAUGUUGUUCUUCAGUCAAAAUACGUGAACAACAGUUGCGGUACCAUACUUGCUGCGUCCUGAGCUUCAAGACGUCUCGCUCAGAAGCACUCAUCAUCCGGAAGCGGUCAUCAUGACCUCAGUCUUUCGUCGCGAACAAUCGUCAUUCGUCGUGUCGCGCAACUGUCUUCCAGCUUAAAAUGUAUAGUUCCUGCUCUCACUCGACUUCAAAUCAAAUCUCUUGGAGUCGAAUUGCACAAACAUCAACUUCGCCUACCCGUUGAUCAAUCACCCAUAUACCUCACCCAACCUACACAAAAUGUCCUUCCUCACCAAAUUCCGCCCUCUGCAGCGCUUGGCUAUUCCAAUAUCCGCCCGCCCACUCAGCACCACGCACUCGGUGCGAUCCGAUAAUGACAAACUCAUGGGCGACAACCCAAAAUCUAAUUUCCCCGACCCUUCCCCCAAUUCGUCUGCGGCGCCCAACCGGAAAGUGCGCACCGAACCUCAGCACAACGAUCAGCAGUCGAGUGCCUCAACCGAGGAGCACAAAACUGGCGAUGACCAUCCAGCAAAGCAGCCUGAUUACCAGGCAGAGCCGUCAAGGAAGACAGGGAUUGGCGGUGGAGAGGAAGUCAAAGGUGGUAAGGAGGGACUAGGAGAGAGAGGGGACAAACAGUAAGAUGGCAGUAAGAGGCAUGAGAUAGUAGAGACAAGGGAAAAUAUGGAUAUCGAUGUUGUAGAUUGAGAAGAGAAGGCCCUGAUUGAAUCAAUCUCGUGACCAUCGGACAAGAUUAUCUACCAGAAGUUGCUGUGAGGCUGUCGACAUUCGCUUUAGUCGUGCCGAUAGGUUGAGUACAAGUGGUGCAAUUCGAGCAUUGUAAGAAUACGGAGUACGAUAUUCUCAAUAACCUGCUUAGCCAAUCAAGAGGUCCGCUCUUGUCGCGCCGUAUUUCCGUAUUUCAUAUUGCUCUGGGCUGCACCUUUGUAUGCGUGCACAAGGGUCGCUUCUUGGGACGCGCUAGAAGCUGGGGUAUCUUUCUCACAUGAGAACCAUGGAUCUCUAUAUCACAUGCAAACUCAUACACUCAAACUUGUCCUGGCCGUUUCCAUGGGUCUGGCGUAA